AUGAAAUUGUCCUACCUCAUCACGUUUGCGCUAGUGAGCCAAGCGAGAGCUCUGGUCGAACUCAACUGUAGUGAUAAUGCGACGUGCAUAGACUAUAUGGCUAGGGAGUUCGUUAGGAGUAUAAGACAGCAGAAGGCCGUGAGACUCUUCGACACAUUCACGAUAGAACCGAUAGGAAAUGCGAGGCAGGCGAGGAGUAAGGACCCCCUGACGCGGCUACUGACGAGUCAUGCGAUCAGCUUUGAUUGGAGCGAUUUUACGUUCAAAUUCUCGAAUACCGAGGAUAAGAGUGACGCCUUGGAUCUGGAGGUGUAUGAAAGCAGAACUGCUAAAGAUGUUUCGGAUGAAGCUCCGAAGAAAUCAAACAGCAAGGUAGAAGAAGAAGCACCACAGGACAAAACACCAAAACGUAUUAGACGGCGACACAAACGCAAAGUAAUGCAGGCGGUGAUACCUCUUUUAUUCGGCAUGAAGUCGGCCGCAGUCGCGAUAUUCUCCCUGGCUGUGGUAGCAGUUAUCACCAUCAAAGCUUUCUUGGCUAGUAAGCUAGCUCUAUUGGUGACUGUCGGAAUGGCCGCUAAGAAACUCUAUGAGAAUUAUACUGGCGGCGCCGGUUUGCAAAACCAUCCUCUUCUUUACUCGCAAUACCCGAUCGAUUUUCCGAGCGCCUCGUCUCAAGCGUACUCUGUAAGCGGAGUGCAACAGUUCGGUUCAUCUGAAAUGUUCAGUCCAUCCGGGUUGGCCUCACAGACACAUACGCACGAAAUCCUCCAAACGAACGAACCGAGCGCUCAGCAGUCGCAGCAGGCGCCCUCUGUUCUAGUAAACUCGACGCGAGCAGCAGAAAGAUGGGAUGGUAAGUCUGCACUGCUCAAAUUUUUAGAGCCAGUCGUUAACAAAAUAAGAAGCUUCGUCGAUCCGAUCGCUAGUGUAUUUUUCGACGCUAUGCCAGCGAAUUUCAGAGGCCUCAAAUCCGACGUAUCGACCGCAAAGAGCGUAGAAAACGAAGUCCUCGAAGAGAAAACGAAGAAACCACGAGAGAUCCUACUCCCGCAACCGAGGCAUAUAGCCCAAAGAAAGAUGUCAUAUUAUAAAAAAAUACCAAGACAGAGACCAAAGAAGUAUACAGAGUUGAACCUAGAUUUAGACAGACUUAAGCAUAAUAAGGAUUUUCGGGACUACAUCAAAACGAAAAAAUAUAAAUUCAAUUACCCGUACACUUAUUACUAUCCUAGAAUAAAAUAUUACGUAAAUCCUGCCAUGUUUGCUGUGCGACCCAAUAAUAGUAGGCUGUUACCAUAUAGAAGGACUGAACUGAGAACCAAUAUGACUAUUGAAAUAAGCAACGUGACUAUGAUACCAGAGCCAAGCGAUUGGAAACCCAUAAUCGUGUACAAGGCAGACGACUCAAAAGCUCAAGGUAAUAAAACUGAGUCAGAAGUUAAGAAGGUUUUAAAAAAGAAGCGUAAAAGACCUAAACGUAGUUUAGACUUUAACAAUUCUAGUAAUGAUUUUCAAUUAGAUGGUCGCUCGAAAAAACAAAAGUCUCCUUUUGAAAACACGAUUAGUUUUGCACGGGAUUACCUCAAUAAAAUGAUUAAAUCAGCUUUAAAGCCAAAAGGUGAUACUCCUAUCUAUUACACUUUAACAUAUCAUUUGCUAAUGUCUUGCCUAGAUGCGUUUGAUACUUUCGUUCAAAUUCACGAAGAUAUUAUAAACUUUUUCAGUAAAAACACUAAACAUACUAAACUAAAAAAGAAGAAAACGAAGAAGGGAAUACUGCACAGCCAUUGGUCUGAGAAAGUAACAGCAAACGACACGGAAACACAUAACUCGACAUCGCGGGUACCGGAGACGUCCAAUAUUUUAUGGAAGCUCGCGCGGUACUUCAGAUAUCUAUUCGGCCUCGCACCGCCGCCGCUAAGCGCCGAGUCCAUGCCCAUGCCCCUGUAUACCUUGCCUCAAAACAUGGCGGACCAGAUGCCCAUGUUUAGCCCAUCGCUGACCAUGCCGGCCAAUCAAUGA